AUGGCCAAAAGAGGCCGCAAAGCCAGAGGAUCGGACGAGGAGUAUGACGCUAAACCGGUUCACAAGGUAUCUUCGUCGCGAUAUAAACACAGAGAGCCCAUGGACGUGAACCUGAUGAUAGAGCACGACGAGGUGGAAGCUGACAAGGAAUGCAGCGUUUACUCACACAUGUUCAGAAACAACGAGCCGUGUUGGAGGUCGGCGUACGCCAAGGGCUCGACCAGGCCCGCACGCCACCUCUGCGUCAUCUGCGGGUUCUUCGCGAACUACAAGUGCCGGAACUGCGCAAGCCGCAGAAUCGAGGGCAUCGACAGCUACUACUGCAGUCUGCGCUGCCUCGAGGUCCACAACGAGACGAACUGCGGGAAGGCCGUCCACCUGGCCCAGUGGUAG